UUUUUCUCAAACCAGUUUUGUUCCUGGAGUUAUCUUUUCUCUAGUCAGAAUACAGAGGGAGGCUGCACCCAAGACAGGUUUUCUCAGAGCCAGGACACGGGAGGAGAAUCAAGGAAGCUUUUGUGACUGCAGAGGUGAAGACAGGACAGCCCUCCUCACUGAUUCCCCUCACUGCUGACAUGCUGGAAGAGGAUAAUGAUGAGAUCUGUUGGAAUAACCUGGAGAACUUCCGUGUGAAGCUGAUCUCAGUGAUUGACCCGUCCCGGAUCACCCCUUACCUGCGCCAGUGCAAAGUGCUCAGCCCUGAUGAUGAGGAGCAGGUGCUCAACGACCCCAGCCUGGUCAUGCGCAAGCGGAAGGCAGGUGUUCUCCUAGACAUUCUUCAGAGAACAGGACACAAGGGCUUUGAGGCAUUUAUGGAGAGUCUUGAGCUUUAUUAUCCCCAGCUGUAUAAGAAAAUAACUGGCAAAGAGCCCAGCAGGGUUUUCUCCAUGAUUAUAGACACGGCUGGCGAGUCUGGCCUGAGCCAGGUGCUGAUGAACGAGAUCAUGAAGCUGCAGAGCGCGGUGCAGGAGGAGCGGCGCAAGGCGCAGGAGCUGGCCGUGUGGCUGCACUCCAAGGAGGACACCCUCAGGGAGAUGUGGGUCAGGGACAGCCUGCUCCGCAAGCACCAGGAGCGCGCCCAGAGGAUGAAGGAGGAGAGGGACAGCCUGAGCAAGGAGCUGCGCAAGUGCAAGGACGAGAACUACAGCCUGGCCCUGAGCUACGCCAAGCAGAGCGAGGAGAAGAGCGCGGCCCUCAUGAAGAACAGGGACCUGCUGCUAGAGAUCGAUCAGCUGAAGCACAGCCUCAUGAAGGCUGAGGAUGACUGCAAGCUGGAGAGGAAGCACACCAUGAAGCUGAAACACGCCAUAGAGCAGCGCCCCAGCCACGAGGUGGUGUGGGAGAUCCAGCAGGAGAAGGAGCUGCUCCUGGCCAAGAACCAGGAGCUGGAAAACACUCUGCAGGUUGCCAGGGAGCAGAACUUGGAGAAGAGCCUCUCCAAGGAAACCCUGGAGAAUGACUGCAGCCAGACUGUGGCAGAACGGCGGGAGCUGGUGAACACCAUUUACAGCCUGCGCAAGGAGCUGCGCCGGGCCAAGGUGCUCCAGGACAAAUUUGCAGAGGAAAAAGAGGUGCUGGAGCUACAGUGCACGUGUCUGAGGAAGGACUCCCAGAUGUACAAAAAACGGAUUGAAGCUGUCCUGCAGCAGAUGGAGGAAGUGGCUUCGGAGAGAGACCAGGCUCUCCUGACCCGAGAGCAGUUCCACAUGCAGUAUUGCAAGAGCCUGCUGGAGAGAGACGCCUACCGCAAGCAGGUCCGGGAGCUGGGGGAGAGAUGUGACGAGAUGCAGCUGCAGCUCUUCCAGAAGGAGAGCCAGCUCCUGGCCACCGAGGCCAAGCUGAAAAGGCUGCAGCUGGAGCUGCCCACUCUGACCUCUGACCUGGAUGACUCCUCCUCCCGAGAUUCCCAGGAACUCCCCAGGUAUCAGCAGUUUUCAAUGGCUCAGGCUCAUUUCAGUCAACAAGUCCAGAGGCAGCAAGACAGUGACAGAAUCUCCCUAUGUCCUGAAGUUAAGUCUUGUUCUUCACAGUCACCUGGAUGAAGACACACAGACAGCUAAAAGUAAGGGGAAAGCUCUGAGUAGAGCUCUGGAGGGGAUGUUCCAUUCUGUUUUGCUCUCCUGGAAGAUCUAAAUGAUCUUUUCAUUUGUUAAGAUGGGAGAAUUUUCACUAAAACUAAACAGCACUGAUCCAAAAAGGCUUUUUUUAUUUUUAUUCUACCUUGCUCAGUUCAAAAAUCUAUAUUGUAACACCUGGUCACUACAGAAGGAGUUUCACCAAAAUAGGGUCUGGUGUGAAGUGCCAUGAUGUGGGGAGCAGGGACAAAUGAUGGAUAAAAUAAUCAUUAACACAUUUCUGACAGAAAUGGCCUCAGAGGAGCUGCUUGGCAAAGGUUUGUUUUCUCCUGCUGAAGUUGGCAGUGGAAAGCUCUGUCCCUUUCUGAGUGAGGUGGGGAAUUCCAUCAGCCUGGGCAAGAUUCAGGGCUCAGUUAAAAUGAGAAGUGACUUGUGAUUGAUCACAGGAUGGAGUUCUGAGUGCUUUGGGCUUGUUUCAGUUCUGCUGUGGACUCUGUGCAGUUACAUCACAGCUCUUCUGUUGGAAGAACUGCUGGAGGGAGAAGUUACUUUGCAAUGGCAACUCUGACUAAAGCUGUGAUUUCUUUUUUUAAAAAUCUUUCAGAAGAUUGCCUGGAAGUACAGAACCAGGAACUCUGCCCUCAAGAGAGCCAUCUGCCCCCAAAAUCACCCAGUGUAAGAGAAUCUUUGUGGGCUCUUCUUUACUAUGGCUGGGGUUUGUGAUCUUUAAUAUUCUCAUUAAUUCUGGAUUUACCAGCUUGGAGAAGCAUAUCAACAGCUCCUGCUUUUCCAAACUCUGAGCACUUAGUGCAGAAUCCACCCUCCAAAAAGGGUGAGCUCUGAACAGCAAAACAUUUACAGUGAACAUUUCUCCAUCUGUGUAUAAAAACUUCUAGUUACUUUCUGCCCUUCAUCUCUGGAUGGGGAUGUUUUCCAGUGUAAUUACUGUUGCUUCAGAAAACAGAUUCACAGAAUUACAGGUGUAGAGGGAAUAAAUGUAGUAAAAUGAUGUGAAACAGCAGCAUUUCCACCCUGCACACACAGUAAAGAACCUGAUGGUACUUGACUCUGCAGAUGCAGGAAGCAACCUGGUGUUAACACUGAUCUGAUCAAGAAUAAAUUUGUAUGGUUUUAGGUUGUUUUUUUUUUCUUUUCCAUUUCAAGGAGUGUGGCUUGGCCAACGAGGAGCUGGCAGAGAAGGAGAGGAGGAGGAUGAAGGACUGCUUUGAGCGUUACCGAAG